AUGUCCACCGCGGCCCCCUCUACGCCAACCGCCGUGCGCAGUCCAACCUCCUACAGGAACCCGCCAGGAGACGCCAGCUCGCCGUCCAGGACGCAGAGUGCCAGUGGACGUCCGCAUCAGAGGUCUUCUCACAGCCGGACCGGCUCCAGGUCCUAUUCCCAGGAACCCAGUGGUGGCCAUACACGCACCCCGAGCAAUGCUCGACGGGACUACGACCCUCCUCAGCCUUCUACAGCCUCUCGACCCAGCACCACCGGCCGGAGCUCGUCCAAGGACCGGCCACGAGAGGCCUCUGCGUCGUAUCGGCCUGACCCUGCUCGCACCCAUCGUCGCACCCCGUCCAGGCCUACGAACGGCGACGUCGUCGACAUGGCUCGCUCAAACCCGCCCGAGGGCGCGUCGCAUCCUGCCAAUGCCCAUCAUGCCUCCAAUGGUGCCUCCCUAGCUGCCCAGCCAAAGAGACGCACCACGAUCACCACGCCGUCUGGACAGUGGGCACUUGGCAAGACAAUCGGCGCUGGAAGCAUGGGCAAAGUCAAGCUCGCAAAGAACCUCGAAACCGGUGAACAGGUUGCGGUGAAAAUUAUCCCUCGUCACACCAAUGACGAGCAACGGAGUAGCCGAGAGAAUGAAAGGGCGGACCGUUCUAAGGAGAUACGGACCGCAAGGGAGGCUGCCAUUGUCACCCUCUUGAAUCAUCCGUACGUCUGUGGCAUGCGGGAUGUCGUUCGCACCAACUAUCACUGGUACAUGCUCUUUGAGUAUGUCAACGGCGGCCAGAUGCUCGACUACAUAAUAUCCCAUGGCAAGCUAAAGGAAAAGCAAGCACGCAAGUUUGCCCGUCAGAUCGCAAGCGCACUGGACUACUGCCACCGAAACAACAUCGUUCACAGGGAUCUCAAAAUAGAGAACAUCCUCAUCAGCAAGACGGGUGAUAUCAAAAUAAUCGACUUUGGUCUCAGCAAUCUCUUCUCUCCCAAGGGGCAGCUAAAGACCUUUUGUGGCAGUCUCUACUUUGCCGCUCCCGAAUUGCUGCAGGCUCGCCAGUACACCGGGCCGGAAGUCGACGUCUGGAGUUUCGGUAUCGUGCUCUACGUCCUCGUCUGCGGCAAGGUUCCGUUUGAUGACCAGAGCAUGCCUCAGCUCCACGCAAAGAUCAAGAAGGGUGUCGUCGAGUAUCCGCCUGGUCUCUCUUCUGACUGCCGUAACAUCAUCUCCCGAAUGCUGGUCACCGACCCAAAGCAACGAGCCUGUUUAGCUGAAAUCAUGCAACACCCUUGGAUGACCAAGGGAUACAGCGGAGUGCCAGAAAACUAUCUCCCUCAACGUGAGCCGAUGAAGCUACCCCUGGAUCAGGAAGUCGUUCAGAAGAUGACCGGCUUCGACUUUGGUCCCCCGGAAUUCAUCACUUCGCAGCUCACCAAGAUCGUUGAAUCUGAUGAGUAUCAACUCGCCGUCCGAAGUAGCGCGAAGGAACAGCAACAACAUAGCCUUAAUGCUUCAAGUGAGAAGCGACGAGGUGUUUUCGAUUUCUAUAAGCGCCGUAACUCCAUGAGCAAAGACAACCUGACCAUGACCCCUUCGUUUGAGGCCAUGCACUCUUUUGGUGACCCUGCCUGCGGGUUCCACCCACUCAUCUCAGUUUACAAUCUUGUCAAGGAAAAGCAAGAUCGAGAAAACCCUCAACUGCACCCGGCCGGUCUUCCUGGCCCGGCUGACGUUGCACUGAGACAGCCAGAUCUCCCCAUGCCUGAAGCUGCGUAUACUAAUCAAAAUGCCUUCGAAGUCCCUGGGGAGAAAGAAACAGGAGGAAGGUCUCGUCCACGGGCUAGGACACGCGGAGAUGAUGACCUGACCGAAGGAGUCAAGAACUUGACCGUGGCGAAGCCGCCUGCGCAGCAGACAGUGUCACCAACCAUCGUAACUCCACCCGCUGACACUGCUCCGCCAAAGAAGGAGAGUGCAGCAGCUGGCUUAUUGAGGCGUUUCAGCACCAGAAGGACCCGAGAUAGGGGCCGCGAGACGGAGAGAGAAAGGCACCAACAACCUAUGGCUGCACAUGCACACUUUGCCGAAGACCUUCUCGCACCGAGAAAGAGCUUCAGUGUACGAAGGACCAGGCGUGGGGAGGCAGCUCCUGGAAAUCUGCACCCUAGUGGAAGUCAUUCCCAGUACCCUGAUAUCCCUCAUGGAUCAAAUUCCGGACUGUCGCCUUCCCGCGUCAACAAUUUCCUCGCCAGGUCAACAAGUGUGAACUCGGGAGAAAAUCGUAUCCGAAGAAGCAAUAGGAGAGGCCCCUCAGGCUAUCUCUCAUCGGCGCCCAACGAGCCAGGUUUGGCAAGCAAGUCAGACCAAUCUAAUCUACACGUCCAACGGACCACCAAACCCAGUGAACAGGCCACCGAGCUUAAGAACACCUAUCCUCCUCAAGCUAGGACCAAAUCACUAGGCCAUGCGAGACACGAGAGCAUCCAAGCCCGCCGCGCUCGCCGUGAGGAAGCAAAGGAAGCCCAGGUACCCGAGGAGACUGACAAUGAGGUCCUUGAAGGCCCAAACGCCGUGUCAGGCACGGGCGAAGACCUUUCAAAGCCCGUCUAUCUCAAGGGCCUAUUCAGCGUAUCUACCACCAGCAGCAAACCCCUUCAGUUCAUCCGCUCCGAUAUCAUCCGUGUUCUCAAACAGCUGGGGGUCGAAUACGUUGAAAUAAAAGGUGGUUUCAGCUGCCGUCACGCCCCAAGCAUUGACCUCAACCGUGUCGUUGACGCCAACCCUCCAAGCCCAGAGAGACAAGGCCCAGUUUCAGGCCAUCGUCGCCGAAUCAGCUUUGCUGGUCUCCGGGCGCAUGCAACCGCCGAAGAAACGCAAGAUCACAAAGCGUCCCCUUCGACCAAGGCGUCACGCCGUAGCCAGCGUGCCCCUGAUCAAAGCUUCAUCACCAAUUCUGAGGGGUCAGAUGAAUAUGUUGCUCCUCGGGACAGCACUGCCGGCGGAGAGCGCGUGGUAGGCGAAACAACUACAAAGGUCCAAACUGAUACCGGCGCAAACCUCAUCCUGCGCUUUGAGAUCGUCAUCGUCAAAGUACCUCUCUUCUCGCUACACGGUAUCCAAUUCAAGAAAGUAUCCGGCGGUAUGUGGCAGUAUCGGGAAAUGGCAAAGAAAAUCCUAGAUAACCUCAGGCUAUAA